AUGAUCACUAUUGCAAUCUUUCUAGUUUUGUUUUUGGCUCAUGGCUUAAGUUUUUCAGAGGCACAACUUCAGUUUGGGUUCUACUCUCAAACAUGUCCAUCAGCAGAAUCCAUUGUCCGUAACGCUGUUCAACAGGCAGUGUCCCGGGACCCUGGAACUGCAGCUGUCUUACUCCGUCUUCAGUUCCAUGAUUGCUUUGUUGAGGGUUGUGAUGGGUCUAUUCUUAUCAAACACGCCGUAAAUGACGACGAGAGGUUUGCUCCGGGUAACGCUGGUGUGGGUGGUUUCGAUGUUAUAGAUAACGCUAAAUCAGAGCUUGAACGUUUGUGUCCAGGUGUUGUGUCUUGUGCUGAUAUUGUUGCUCUUGCUGCUAGAGAUGCUGUUGUUGCGGCAAAAGGACCUUUUUACGAGGUUCAAACCGGUCGAAGAGAUGGUCAGAAGUCAGAAAAGAGUAACGCUGCAAACUUGCCAGAUGUUGAAGAUUCCAUAAACGUUUUGAAAUCAAAAUUCAGAGAAAAGGGGCUUUCAGAUAAAGAUCUUGUCCUACUUAGUGCUGGUUCUCAUACUAUUGGCACCACAGCAUGUUUCUUCAUCAUGGCACGUUUGGAUGCUCAAGAUUCAACGAUAAGUCCAGAGUUUUUCCAAGUGCUGAGAUCAAAGUGUCCAAAAGGUGGUGAUGUCAAUGUAAGGAUUCCGUUGGAUUGGGAAAGCCAGUUUCUGUUCGAUGUCCAGAUAUUUAAGAACAUCAGAAAUGGUAAAGGAGUUAUUAAAUCAGAUUCUGUUUUGUACCAAGACAAUGACAUGAAGAAAAUUAUGGAGUCGUAUUUGGCAAGUAACGAGAGUUCGGGGGCUAAUUUUGCUGCGGAUUUUGCUGAGGCUGUGGUUAAGAUGGGAGCCAUUGGGGUGAAGACUGGUGUUCAAGGAGAGAUCCGACGCAUAUGCAAUGCUACAAAUUAG